CCGAGCAUUCAUUCAAGGACCUUGACUGGCGCUGCUGAAGGCUGGAGACUCGGCAGUGAUUCAGCAGCACCGCGGAGCAGGAGACAGAGCAGAGAAGAAUAGAAGGAGAGGAGAGAAAGGAGAAAGAGGAAGGGGAGGAAGAGGAACUGGAGGAGAGCGAGAGCUGCGCGCAGCUUUGGAGCUGUUAUUUCGCUGCUGAGCAACAAAACCGUGCAAGUGAGGAUUUUUUUUUUUUUUUUAUCCAAUAGAAACUUCUCUCAUCUCCACUUAAACCUUCGACUUUGACUUAAAAAUUCUUAAAAACUCGGGUUUGUUCGUGUUUCGCUGGAUUUCGCGGACGCGCUGUUGAAGCGCACUGGGCUGGAGCUAUCCAGGGGUGUAGCCGCGGUGCUUCUGGUGCGUCUUUGCGCUGGUGAAGGUUGUAUGCGAAUGACUGACUGACUGACUGAGUGAUUGACUGAGUGGUGGAGGAUCAGCCGGAGUGGCCGACCAGUCAGAAGGAUGCUGGAGGGCAAUGCCUGCAGAAAGAGAGGAUGAGAUUUGUCGAAAGGCGCUGGAACUGCUCUCCGACCUCUGCUCCAAGGGAGAGGUCCAGGACGACAACUGCCUGGAUUUCAUCUACUACUUCAGGGACCUGGCCAGACCGCGGUACACGGACUCAGAUGUCUCGGUGAGCCUGUUGUCCCUGCUGGUGACCACCUGUGGUCUGGCGCUCUUCAGCGUCUCGCUCUUCGUCUCAUGGAAGCUGUGCUGGGUGCCACUGAGUGGUCGAUUCCUCCCAGAUGUCCUCAAGGGGGCACACUUCUUGGGAGGGGACCAACAACCUGUCCUUACAGAGGUGGACGGGGAGGAGAGGGAGUACAGUGAAGAUGGUUGCAUGAAGGAACCUUCAGGGCCCCCCUCGGCUGUGGCUGUCCCGGAGUCGGCCCUAAAGAUAAGCCACACCUCGCCUGAUAUCCCGCUGGAGGCCCAGACCAAAGUGGAGAAGAACCAGGUCCAUACUCUGGCCCGGGACAGGGUUCAGAGACAAAUUACUGAGCCGACGUCAUCUGUACGGCACAACUCCAUCCGCCGUCAGAUGAAUUUGUCCAAUCCAGACUUCAACCCUGCUCAGUUUCAGCGUCAGGAGUCUCUGUCUGGUUUGGGUCGAAUCAAACCUGAGCUCUACAAGCAGCGCUCAGUGGACGCGGAAGAUGGCCGUCGAAGCGACAGCUGCGGGCGUCUCAACUUCAUCCUGAAGUUUGACUUUGACCUGGAGCAGCUGAUCGUGAAGAUCCACAAGGCCCAGGACCUUCCUGCCAAGGACUUCUCAGGGACCUCUGAUCCUUACGUCAAGAUCUACCUGCUACCCGACCGCAAAACCAAGCACCAGACCAAGGUGCACCGCAAGACACUCAACCCCGUAUUUGAUGAGGUGUUUCUCUUUCCUGUGGCGUACGCUGAGCUCACGAGCCGAAAGCUUCACUUCAGCGUCUACGACUUUGACAGAUUCUCUCGCCAUGAUUUGAUUGGCCAAGUGGUGGUGGACAACUUCCUGGAUCUUCCCGACUUUCCCCGGGAGACGAAACUGUGCCGGGACAUACAAUACGUGACCUCGGACAAUGUGGACCUGGGAGAGCUGAUGUUCUCAUUGUGCUAUCUCCCCACGGCCGGCAGGCUGACCAUCACCAUGAUCAAAGCCAGAAAUCUCAAAGCCAUGGACAUCACAGGAGCUUCAGAUCCUUACGUGAAAGUGUCCCUGAUGUGCGAAGGCCGGAGGCUGAAGAAGAGAAAGACGUCAACCAAGCGUAACACUCUGAACCCGGUGUACAAUGAAGCCAUCGUGUUUGACGUUCCUCCUGAGAACAUCGACCAGAUCAGCCUGCUCAUAGCAGUCAUGGACUACGAUCGGGUCGGGCAUAACGAAGUGAUUGGGGUGUGCAGGGUGGGCAAUGAGGCCGAGAGCCUGGGGCGAGACCACUGGAGUGAGAUGUUGACAUACCCACGGAAACCCAUCGCACACUGGCACCCACUCAUAGAGUGGGUGGGACAGGGAGCGACAGUGAGCGGAAGCCAAGGAGGAUCAACCAAUUCCCUGAAAACACCUCCGUCACCGUGAACGCACACGGCCCUUCCACACACUCACAUUAACAGCCUCAGGGUGGUAGAAGGACGGAUGAUGGACCUCCAGAUAGUCCGACUUAGAUGUUAAAGAAAAAAAGAAAAAAAAAAAAAACAGAGCAAGGUGUGACUAACAACAAAGUGACUGCAGUAGUAACAUCAGCUACAAGCCGAGUCUCAAACUCGUCAGAGUGAGCUCGUUUUGCGUGUGCUAGGACUGUUGAAAAUGCUAACCCCCACUUCUUACUUCCUCCUCCUGUGUCUUCACAACCAAAAAAUUACUUAACUACAUUCCAAGUGAACUACUACAAUGUUUUCUAUUUGUCAUAUUAAGUUGUUACUGACAGUAUUAACAGACUGAGAUUAAUUAACGAGUCAGGCUUUUAAUUUUAUUUUAUUUUAAUUUUUUUUUUCUCAUUUUUUAGCAACUUACAGUUUGUGGACCAAAAUCUUGUGGAGCUGUAACUGUUAUUAGUGUGAGUGCUUGGCUAUUAUAGACAGAGUAUUUGCCAAAUAGUAAAAGUUGCGUUACAGAUUUAGGAAUAACAGGAAUUGGUUAGACGAAUGUAGAAAAAAGGUAAACCUCAGUUUUACAUUCACGCAGAGCCCUUCCUGUCAAGAAGUAAACUGGAAAAAAAAGAUUUGCUCCAAGAAUGUGAGUGAAGGUGAAGUGUUUUAUUUAUUUAGUGCAUGUUAAAACUGUCAUACUUUGUUAACAGGGCGUGGUCAAAAUAAAAGGAAACACAAGCAUCAUAGUUGUCAUCAGUGGUUUUUGGGGCAGUUUGCUCAUCUCCUCUGAGAGAUGAUCCAUGACGAUAACGUACUGAUCUUUUGGUUUAUUACAACUUGGGUGUUAUUUUUGUAGUUUUGGGCAUCAUUUACUUUGCUAAUCGUAGGACUCUGUUGCCCAGAAAACAACCAGUGCUCUCACAAUAAAGGGGUUUUUGUUAGUUGGAGGCAAACUGAGCAAAACAUCAUUAAACAGAAUAUGUUUUGCAACAAUUCUGAUGAUACAAUGUUAGGUAAUAUUGUCAUUUUUCUCAGGGGGGUCACUUGGUAGAAGCAGAACAACAAAAAAAUAUUGAAAGGAGCAACAUUAUCAGUCCUGAACAACGAUUAAACUGACUUUUACACCUGUUGUACCGCCUUGAUGACUUAUUUUGUGAACAUACCAUUUAUUUAUUUUGGGCGCAUUUAGUCGAUUUUAGAGCCUUUUCCACUUAAAACAGCCGCCUGCUUCUGCUGAGAACAAACAUGCUAGGAGCAGUCAAGACAUACAGGAAGGAAGGAGGACUUUAAAAUAUGAACUAUAAAAUGAGAUUAGACCCAAUGCUCUAUUUAUAUAUAUUUUUUUUCAGCAGUAUCAGCAAUACUUUGCUUUAUGCUUUGUCCCACAGUCAAAAGACACGAUUUUAGGUUAAUUGGUGCCUCUAAAGUGGCUGUAUGUGUCAAUGCACUGUGAUAAACUGGCAACAUGUCCCCCACUGCUUGGCCACUGACAGAUUGGAUAGACUCCAGCCACAUAGAGGAUAAUGGGCAUUAGCAAUCAACAUGCUCUGAGAAGACAAAUGUAACUUACAUCAAAGAAACUUAUUUGCAUUUGCCGCAUGAUGUGUUGCAAACAUAGACUGUAAAAAAACAUGGAUGAAGCAUCUCCACUUCCUUCCAUUGGCCAAACUGAUGUUAGUCCAAUAGGAUAUGGGUGGUGCCAUCUUGCGAGUUUGGAGCCAGAGUUUGAAAAGUUACCAUCUCAGAGAGGAGCCAUGUCAUGCAUUUGUUUAAUAUCACCAGUUACCAAGAAAUUAGACUUUAUUAGACAGACUUUAAUGACCCACAAGGGAAAUUUAUGUCAUUUUUCUACUCUCGUGGACCUACGGGACCACUUGCUGCAGUUAUCUAUGGCAAUACCGUGAUGUCACAUCCUAUUUUUAUUUUGUCAAAUAACUAAAAUUAAACUUCUCAGAAAAAUGUACACUUAAAUUUAAGAAACUUAAACAUCAGUAUUAUAUUAACUAUGUCAAAUGUCAGAAACGAUAUUUGAAAACAUGACAUGAACAUUGACAUGUGUGUUUUAGUUUUGCCCAAAUGGAGUGGGCAAACGUGGAGUUUAUGACCUACACUGCAGUCAACCACCAGGGGGAGCUCACCUCCCUUUGAGUAGCUGUCAUGGAAUCCGCUUUUUAUGCAGCUGUGGUUGCAAAGCACCCUAGAGAGCAGACAGGCUUUAAAUAAGACAUCCUGGAUGAGAUUUACCUUUUACAAAAAUAAAACCCUUGUUGUAGUAAACCACAGUUAUUCCUGACGAUUACACAAUGACUGCUAGUUGUUGUACGGCUAACAUCAACUCUUAUCAGAGUGCCUUUCUGACAGGGGCUCUGUCGCUGUGCUAUAGUGUCCCAUCCAGACAGAAGCUCAGCAGAUAAUGAAGGUGAUCACUCUGACUCGUGUGGUGAUCAGCCUGUUAAUGAUGCCGCACCCUUUUCCCACUGUAAUGACACUUAACAUGGUUGUCUUUAAGCAGAUCCAUAGCCUGUGGUUGUUUCGAUAAGUCAGUGUUUUUUCCUUUUUCCUUUCUUAAAAUCAAGAUGAAUACGAGUAUAUCCUUUAUGUCUUUGUAUUGGACACCGUCACAGAUAAUGAUGACAACUUCUUCUGUUUGUAGGUACUACAGUGCAUGAGUCAUUUCUAAAUCUUUUUUUUUGUUGUUGUUGUCAUUGCAAUAUAAUAAUAUUGUAAACACAAGAUGUAUUAUGAAUCUAAUGCAGACUGUGAAAAUUGUCCAUUCAGAUGUUAUUAAUAAAUAUUUCUAUAAAUAUA